UGGGAGGGCGGAGAGUCACACAACCACGUUAUAGACAGGGACGUUUAAAAAGCGCCGAGAGGUAACUUGGCGCCCUCAGGGCCGCUCGCGAGAGACCCUUCCGACGCUCCAGCCCGGUCUCCGCUCGCGGCGGGCGGCACUUCCGGUCUGGGACGGAAAUAGCCUAUCGAAAUCCCCGCCUCCCUCUCGCUCCUAGGGCGACAAAGGAGUGGAGUCGGGAGCCCGAGGCCUAGAGUGGCAAGACAGCCCCGGCAGGAAGAGGCGGGGCUCGCGGGUUGGUUUCUUGCCGCUACCAUUGGAGGGGUGGUGAGGCGGGGCCUGUUUGAAAGCGGGCGGAAGUGGCGCGAAGCGGGAUGCCUGUGGAGAGCAAGAUGGCGGACAAAGAGAAGAAGAAGAAAGAAAGUAUAUUGGAUCUGUCUAAGUACAUUGAUAAAACCAUCCGUGUGAAGUUCCAGGGUGGCCGGGAAGCUAGCGGUGUCUUGAAAGGAUUUGACCCCCUUCUAAACCUGGUGCUGGAUGGGACCAUUGAGUAUAUGAGAGAUCCAGAUGACCAAUACAAGCUCACAGAGGACACCCGUCAGCUGGGACUGGUGGUCUGCCGAGGGACCUCGGUGGUCCUCAUCUGUCCCCAGGAUGGGAUGGAAGCCAUUCCCAACCCCUUCAUUCAGCAGCAAGAUGGCUAAGCCACUCUGGGCUCUUUCUGCAGAUAAAAUCUUGAGAGGACUCGGAGGGCCAGCCCCCGCUGACAAGAACGGACUUUCCUGCAAGGGGAACAUAUUUUUGUAUGCUAUGUUUAUACUGGCAAAGGACCUUGUUAACUUAUGUAAGGUGGUCGUUACUGCGUUUUAGUUAUCCCCCCCCCCAUUUUGACACUGUGUCUCACAAGGAAGAAGGCGUUUUGUCAGGAGAUGCCCUGAAAACUAUUUCAGAAAAUAACCUUGUUUUGCUGUGAACUUUUGACUCCAGUCUAGAGCCACUGAAAUAGCGUGCUGUGUUUAUGUAAAAUAUUACACAGGAAGAUGAGGUUUUUUUGUUGUUGUUCCUUUUGCCUCUUUGGCAAAGGCUACAGCUGUUCCUCCAUUGGCUUGCUGUUCUGUUCUCAGAGCUCUGGAGGGGACUGCCCAUUUCCCCUUUGGGUUAAUGGUGUCUGCCUUCCUUUCUCCAGGAUGGUUAUCUGCCCAGGAGGGGUCAGGCGCUUUGCCAAAUGUCAAGAACUGUAAUGACAGCUGUGUCCAACUCCUCUUAAUUUCCAGGUGGUGACUCUUUCCUUUUUAGGAGAAUUCCUGAAAAUCCAUGAAUAAAAAGCUAUCCAAAACUGA